AUGGUCGCGCCGGGCGCCGCUCUGAGUGACCUUUCACCCGCGCCCAGCGGUCCCGGGCGGCGGCACAAGGCGGAAGCCAUGGCGGAGGCGGCGGCUGCCUCUGGCGCGGGCGCGGGCUCCGUCUCCUGCUCCGGCUCCGGCUCUGCAGCGGACCGGUUCCGGAACCGGGACCCGGAGCAGGAGCGCGCCGGGCGGAGGCUCCGGGUUCUCUCGGGCCAUCUGCGGGGCCGGCCCCGGGAGGCUGUGAGUACCAAUGAGUGCAAAGCGCGGAGAGCCGCGUCGGCGGCCACGGCGGCGCCCACUGCCACUCCUGCCGCGCACGAGUCGGGCACAAUCCCCAAGAAGCGGCAAGAAAUUAUGAAAUGGAAUGGAUGGGGAUAUAAUGAUUCCAAGUUCUUCUUCAAUAAGAAAGGCCAGAUUGAGUUGAGUGGGAAAAGAUACCCUCUUAGUGGCAUGAGUUUACCAACUUUUAAAGAAUGGAUCCAAAAUACCCUUGGAGUACGUGUGGAGCAUAAAUCUACCUCUAAAGCAUCCUUAAAUCCUAGUGAUACACCUCCUUCUAUUGUAAAUGAAGAUUUUCUUCAUGACCUUAAAGAAACGAAUAUUUCAUAUUCACAAGAAGCAGAUGAUCGAGUAUUUAGAGCUCAUGGCCAUUGUCUUCAUGAGAUAUUUUUGCUCAGGGAAGGAAUGUUUCAGCGUAUUCCUGAUAUAGUUUUAUGGCCAACGUGUCAUGAUGAUGUAGUUAAGAUUGUGAAUCUAGCAUGCAAAUAUAACCUUUGUAUCAUACCAAUUGGUGGAGGAACAAGUGUUUCGUAUGCCCUGAUGUGUCCUGCAGAUGAGACAAGAACAAUUAUUUCUUUGGAUACUUCACAAAUGAAUCGAAUCCUCUGGGUUGAUGAGAAUAAUCUGACAGUUCACGUAGAAGCUGGCAUAACAGGACAAGAGUUGGAGAGACAGCUUAAAGAAAGUGGUUAUUGUACAGGUCAUGAACCGGAUUCCCUGGAAUUCAGCACUGUGGGAGGAUGGGUAUCUACUCGGGCAUCAGGCAUGAAGAAGAAUAUCUAUGGCAAUAUUGAGGACCUGGUGGUUCAUAUAAAAAUGGUAACACCUAGAGGUAUAAUAGAAAAAAGCUGUCAAGGACCUCGUAUGUCAACAGGCCCUGAUAUCCAUCACUUCAUCAUGGGAUCUGAAGGAACUCUUGGUGUGGUAACAGAAGCUACAAUAAAAAUCAGACCAAUCCCUGAAUACCAAAAGUAUGGCUCGGUAGCUUUCCCUAAUUUUGAACAAGGAGUAGCCUGUUUAAGAGAAAUUGCAAAGCAGAGAUGUGCGCCUGCCUCUAUACGCCUCAUGGACAACCAGCAGUUUCAGUUUGGUCAUGCUCUUAAACCUCAGGUUUCCUCUAUUUUUACAUCAUUUUUGGAUGGAUUAAAAAAGUUUUAUAUUACAAAGUUUAAAGGAUUUGAUCCAAAUCAGCUAAGUGUCGCUACAUUACUGUUUGAGGGGGACCGUGAGAAAGUUCUUCAACAUGAAAAACAAGUGUAUGACAUUGCUGCAAAAUUUGGUGGAUUAGCAGCUGGAGAAGACAAUGGACAGAGAGGUUAUUUGCUGACCUAUGUCAUUGCAUACCUUCGGGACCUGGGUUUGGAAUACUAUGUAUUAGGAGAAUCUUUUGAGACUUCCGCUCCUUGGGACAGGGUUGUAGAUCUCUGUAGAAAUGUAAAAGAAAGAAUAACAAGAGAAUGCAAAGAGAAGGGUGUUCAGUUUGCUCCUCUUUCUACAUGCAGGGUGACGCAGACAUAUGAUGCAGGUGCAUGUGUCUAUUUCUACUUUGCCUUUAACUACAGGGGAAUAAGUGACCCACUGACUGUGUUUGAACAGACCGAGGCAGCUGCUAGAGAAGAAAUCCUCGCUAAUGGAGGGAGCCUGUCGCAUCACCAUGGAGUGGGCAAGUUACGGAAGCAAUGGCUAAAGGAAAGUAUCUCUGAUGUUGGCUUUGGGAUGCUGAAGUCUGUCAAGGAAUAUGUGGACCCCAAUAACAUCUUUGGAAGCAGAAACCUUUUAUAAAUCCAUUACUGUUGUUAUGAAAAAGGUCACUUUUUUUUUUAAAGUCUUCAACUAUGGUUAUACCAGUAAUCAAAUAUAUCAUGGACUAUAUUUCGGCUACAUUUGUUUGUUGGUUUAAAAUGUUUGUUUUACUCUGUAGUUUGUUUUGUUUCUACAUCUUUGGAUUGACAGAUGGUAUUCCUAAAUUUCUUUCAUUGUAGGUGCAUCAGUUUACUGCCAACUGGUUGUCAUUUCAAAUUUUAGUCAGGCAGCACAAGGCUGCCAGUUGUUAUUUCAGAGGAAGAUGCUGCCAGCUGUUUUGUUUUGAUGCUUCCUCUUGGGAACAAAGGCAGAUUUGGUGUCAUCUACUGCUUAUGUAGUCUCUUUUUAAAGGAAGGUUUCUGGGGAGCAGACAUCAAGGGAAGGAUUCCACUGAGGAGGGAUACACAUGUAUGUUUUUUUAAGAGUACAUUCUAGUGUGAGUAGGCCAUCGAGGGAGGAUACUCAUGAAAGAAUAUAGGCAACCUGUUAUUGGGAUGCUUUCAGUUCUGUAAGGUGCUUGGCCUGCAUUUUUCUUUGAAAUUAGUAUACCGUUAUAAAACCUUAAAUCAUCAGUAUAUAAAUUAUUCUGUUAGAGGACACAUUUUUGUUCUCCCUGUUUCUGUUUCUACUGAGUUAUGAGUUGUAUUUGUAUCACUGAGAUAACCUGUUGUUAUAUCCUUGUUCAUUCAUAAUAUGUUUUUAGAAGAAAAGCUGACUUACCAUUCAUUGUGUGUGAAGAACAGGUUUACCAUGAAAUGAAUGCCUUUAAUCAACUUGAGAGUCCUAAUGUUUCUGAUUUCGCAUUCUGAUUGCUGAGAAACAGAAGAAGCUGCAACAGGAGCAGAAGAAGGAAGACUCCUUACACUUAAAUGUGUCCAGUUCAAAGAAUUGUUUGGCUAAAGAAACACAGUCAUCAUUCAGCUAUUGAAUUUGAAAGCCUCAACAGUUUCAAUGACAAAAAUCUUUUUUUUUAAAUUAACCCAAACAACACGAUAAAUUUUCAUAUAAAAGUAAAAUUUCAAUUUAGUUUUUACUAAUGGUUUAAUGCCUUUUUUGAAUUACUGGUUUAACAUAAAUUUUUAAAUGUAUUAAUACACAUACCAUGUCAAAAGUUUGAAAUACCGUAUUUCUUAAAAAAUAGGAACAUUAAUCACAUUUAGCAAACAUUUAUACAUUCAAACCUGGAUAUUAAAAUAAGUGAAAUGAUUACUUUGAAUCACUGUCUGUCAAGGUUCAUGAUUCACAGUUUGAGAUGUGUUCUUUUCUUACUGCAAUAUCUAACUUUUGAUAAUUUUUUAAAAUUUAAUAUUUGAUCAGAUAAUCUAAGUCAAAAUGCAGACGAUCCUUUAAAAGGACACACUGUCUGUCUAUGUAGCAACAGCUCCAAAGUAUUUUUGGGCAGUUUGAUACCUUUUAUAUCUGAAGUAGCCUUAACCAGGAAAAUGAAAAUUUAAAAUUGACAAAAUGGUAUUUUUAAGAUUUCAAAAUGGUAAAUAAUUUAUAACUAGUAAAAUUGGCCUCAAACUAAGAAACUUAAAUCUGUAAGCAAAUCAAAAUUAAAUAUUAGUUUAACAACAAAAACUAAAUAUUUAUUUAUUAGAACUUGCCUCUCUUCGUUAGUGAUUUAUUUUUAAUUAUAAAAUUUCCAGCAGAUCUUUGCUUAAAGCCCUUAGUAUUUGAAAUAGUUGGAUAUACUUGAUAAGGAAAUUACAGUUGCCUCUAGAAUUAUAAAAAUAUCAGCUUUAUAAAAUGCAUCUGUUCAUGAAGGUAAUUUCUCUAAUUGGUGAUCAAAAUGUAAAGCUUAAUACAGUACUAAUAUCUCACUGGAGUGUAUACGUGUUUCUGAGUAAAAUUCUUUUUAAUAAAACUUACAGAUUCAUAAGCA